AUCUGUCAGUCUGACAAAAAAUGUAAAUAUCCCAAAACAUGACGCAAAUACUCGGAAACCAAAAGCAAGGUCUAUUUUUUGAAAUAGUAUCCGCUCGAAUAUCCGACGAACAAGAUGUAGGGAAAAGACACGUUAUCUACACCAUUCAAGUAAGAUUCAUAUCGUCAAGUGAUGAUUUAAAACCCGCCGCAAUCGACAGGAGAUACACACAGUUUUUGAACUUGUACAAUGGCUUGAAAAAAGAUGAGCCACAACUCAUGGCCAACAUAACAUUCCCCAAAAAGAAACUAUUUGGAAACUUUGACAAUGAUUUAAUCACACAAAGGAGCACGGAAUUUCAAACCUUUUUAAAUUACGUCUCGUCCGAAAGCAAAUUGAGAUUUUCGAACGCGAUGCUGGUGUUCUUGCAAGAGAACGAACUCGCCAAAGCCAAAAGCUAUUUGGAACUGAAAAACUACACGGAAGCGGCGGCACUUUUGGAACAAAACUUCAUUUUACUGAACAAAGUGUUCACAGACAGAUCUGCACCUGUUUUAAUAGCACUGUGCAGACUGUUGGGUUGCUGCAUUCACAUUCCCAACAUGCCCAACGCGUAUAAAUGGGGCCAACUGGCCUUGCACAGGUUUGAGGGGGUCAGUGACAGUGAUUUACUGGAGCUUUAUGUACCUUUGGUGUACAGCUGUAUAAGAGUGUGGCAACAUUACGAAAAGGAACAAACAAAACUGGAGGAUCAAUUACUGUUGUUAAAGAGGCAGGGAAUCUCGAUUGCUAAUAACGGGGAUUUGCUGGAGGAAGUCAAUAAAGUUGAAAAGAAUAUUUUCCAUGUAACAACUGAAGUUUUACCAAUCUAACUUACUUAAUAAUGUGCAUAUUGUAAUAAUAGUGAUAAUUAUUACUAAUUAAUGGUGUGGCAAACGAUAUUUAUGUAUAUUAUUAUAUUUUAUUGGUCUAGUCAGACUUAUUUUAUAUUGUUAUGACCUUAAUUAAUUUAUUCUGGAUAAUAUAGAAAUAAAAUAUUUUGGCAAA